CGGCCAUCUACGAUUCGGCGGUCAGUCUUAGCGCACAGCUUGUGGCCGUCAGACGUGUCAAAAGACGGAACCGACCAAUUUCGGUAAUAGACUACUGUUUUUUUUCUAUACAACGAAGGAGCGAUGGCCAAACUCGGAAGUGUUUCCGUUUGUUCCAUUUCUUUAGUGCUUUUUGGUUUAUCGUCCGUUUUGUGUGAUACCUGUCCAGUGUAUUUGACUCUGUCAUCGCUAUCAAGGCACCUGGAGAAUGCUUCGGUUGUCAUAAAUUGGGGGCCCGAUUGUGAGACGCCUCCGGAUUGGAUUGGACUAUACACGGCGAAUCCGGCCAUUUCCAAUGAACCUCCGAUAGUCAAAGUGAUUGUCAACGGGCAAACUUCCGGGGAAGUCAUAACCGAACAGAAGUUCGGCAAACAACGGAUGCCCGGUGGAUGGAAUUUCGAAGAAGUCCUGCGGCAUAUACCGAAACGUCGCGCCAAACCGCUAUGCUUCGGAUUCUAUCUUGUCAGUUACGACAAAAGCAAUGAACUGCAAACUUUUGACUGUUUGAAAAUUCAACCCAACUGGAUGUUCACCGAAGGAAACUUGGGCAACGUGUCACUGAAGGAUCUGUUUCUGCCGGGAACUCACUGCUCGGGAUGCUAUCAAACCAAAGCCAAUGUGAAUAAUGUCUAUUUCAAACGAAUUGGCUACCGACAGGAUCUGGAUAUCUGGACUCAACUAGUCUUCGGUAUUCGAUAUCUGGACUUCUCCGUCGGGUUCCAUCCGUCGCACAAUGGAACACGAAAUUUUUGGAUUAUGAAUGAAAGCUACCGGGUAGGAUCGAUUCUGCCCAUUCUGCAGGAUAUCCGCCGGUUCGUUAUACUUUCGGAAGAAUCGGUCUUUCUGGAUUUCCGACGUUUUCCGCUGGGCUUCCACAACCAUCCCGAACAACACGCCGAAUUCCUACAGCUGCUGGAGCAGGAACUUGGUGAUCUUAUCUACCGUCGGCCCCACUUCGGAAACGAGGAGAAGGACGAACGGCAAUCCCAUCAUCUCACACUGGCUCAGAUGCGCCAAGACGGAAAGUACAUUCUCGUCACGUACAGUCACGCGGCCAGUUUGAACGAAUCCGAUCUUAUCUGGGCGCCGUGGAAAAAACAUUCCAGUUCAUUUUUGAAGCAUACCGAACUGGGCGAGUUUAUGAAAAACCUCUUCUCGCAGAAACAUCCGGACGCUCCAAAAGACAUCAGCUGGAGUUUGUAUGGCGUCCAGGGUUUUCAAAGUAGCUACAGUCCCGAGGAAACCUACAUGUUGCCGAAAGAACGUGCCAAUCUCAUCAACCCGAAGCUGAUGACGAUGCUCGGUGGACCGUGGAGUCUGCGGGCCAACGCCGUUCUGCUGGAUUUUUUCACCAACACCAACCUGAUCGACAUGGCGGUUCACACAAAUCGAUACAAAACACUCCGAAGUUUAAGCAGCGAAGCUAUUGUUUUGGAUAUUCAGUAACAAUAAGUGCGAUUUUUUUUCUAAUAUCUUAAUUUUCUUAAGUCGAAUAUUGAUAGGAUUACGAUGAUCAUCAUUAUAUGUUAAGUAAUUAUAAUCAUUAUAAGGAAAAUACAGUACAUGAAUUGACUACACGUUACAGAAGAGAUUGCAUACG